AUGUCUUUCCUUCAUGGAGUUCUUGAGAGUGUGAAGGAGGAUGAUAACGUUACACAAUACAAUAAUUACAUUAAAUCAUCAAAUAUUAAUGAUGGUUUAGAUAAAGUUCUUCAACUUCUUACUUCUUUAAUUGGCACUGGGCGUGUUGGCCUUUCGGACUCUGUCGGCAGUGUGAAGGGGUGGUUGGAGAAAUAUAAUGAGGAAGUGGAGGAGAAGACUGAGGCGGUAAAAAAUGCGUUGAAAAAUAUCCGUGAUAAUAUUGCUGACAGGGAUAUUCAAAAGAUUGAACUUGCAAAAAGCAAUGGCCUUAAGGCAAUGCACGAGGCAUUUCGAUGGUCUCUGAACGAUCUUGAUGGCAAUAUGAAAACACUUCGGGAGAAUUCAAUUGGUUACAACGCAUUAGAUAAAGGCUUGAAAAGUAGAUUAGACAUAGCUUUAGGUAGAAUUGAAACUGGAAUAAAUGUGUUGAAGCAUAGUGCUGAGACUAAGGGGCUCAUGGAGAGGGUGCAAUAUAUGGAUGAGCAGUUAGUGGAACAGGGAAAGAAUAUUGAAAGAGAGAUUGAUUUCACAUCCAAGCAGCUUCAAAAAACAUUGGCGGACGAGUUUAAUAAUGUUAUAAGCCACAUUGAUAGGCUGAAUGCGAAGAAAGGAGAGGAUUUGUUUACUUGA